AUGGACUCAUUCGCUACCCGAGUGCGGACUUUUGAUGCGUUCCCUAAAGUUGAUGCCCAGCAUACAGUCAGAUCAUCUAGAGGUGGAUUGUCAACGUUGAUAACGAUAUUUUGUGGUUUAUUAAUAGUAUGGGUCCAGGUUGGUGGGUAUCUUGGAGGAUAUGUCGAUCACCAAUUUAUAGUAGAUGAUGAAGUAAGAACUGACUUAAGCAUAAAUAUGGAUAUGCUAAUUGCUAUGCCAUGUGAAUAUGUUCAUACAAAUGUAGAAGACGUUACCAGUGACAGAUUUUUAGCGAAUGAACUUUUGAACUUUCGAGGUGUUAAUUUUUUCGUUCCUCCGAUGUUUCAAAUAAACAAUGUCAAUGAUGCACAUGAUACUCCAGACUUAGAUGAGAUAAUGCAAGAGACAUUAAGGGCAGAGUUUUCCUCAGUUGGUCUUUCUUUAAACGAAAAUGCACCAGCGUGCCAUAUUUUUGGAUCGAUUCCAGUUAACCAAGUGAGCGGAGAAUUUAGAAUUACAGGAAAGGGAUUUGGCUACCGAGAUAUACACCAGGUUCCUUUUGAAAAGUUAAACUUUUCUCAUGUAUUAUCAGAAUUUUCUUACGGAGACUUUUACCCAUACAUAAAUAAUCCCUUGGACUUCACCGGUAAGCUUACCGACCAAAAAAUGCAAUCUUAUCACUACCACUCUCGGAUUGUCCCAACGCUCUACGAGAAGCUUGGCAUCGAUGUGGAUACAAAUCAGUACUCUUUGACUGAAUUGCACAAUGUAUAUAAUAUCGACGAUAAAGGAAAACCUGAGGGGAUUCCUGGAAUUUAUUUCCGGUAUGAUUUCGAGCCUAUUAAGCUUGUAAUAGCAGAAAGAAGAAUCCCAUUCUUACAGUUCAUUGCAAAACUAGCUACUUUAAUUGGAGGCUUAGUCGUCCUAGCAGGUUAUCUUUAUAAAAUGUAUGAAACAUUUCUCUGUGCCGUACUCGGAAAGAAAUAUGUGGAGAAGGACAGUGAACGCAAAGAAGGUGGACUUCUUGAUAAUUACAACAAAGAACACAAAAACCUUUAG